UCCAUCGGAUAUCUUUCAUGAUUCCAAUUAUUUUUUUAGACUGGCUAUUACCUGAAAUUGUUCUGAUGAACGUUGAAUUGUCAGAAUAAACUUUGAGUUGUGAAAACUCUAGGGUUAACGCCGUACAAAAGGUCAAUUUCAUUGCGAUGUUAGCAGAGAUCCGAUGAAACUUUGACACGAGGAUCCCUGGAUCGGGGCCUCUACAUCGUGACCUGAGAUGAUCCAUCCAAAACCUGCUGUCUUCCUGUCUUUUUCCCACGCCGCUUCAGUCUUGCAGAUAACAAAGGUGUCAUCUUGAUGAAACCUAUUCAUCUUGAUUUGUAAAUUUGUUGUAAAAUUCAUAUCUAUUAAACUAAUAUUGAAAUAGUAUAUUUAAGAUACAAUUAAAUUCAUAAUUUCUGAUAUUGAUUAAACAGUAAGAUUUUCAUGAUCAUUUAUUUUUCUAUAAUUUUAAUGUUUCCAAUAUUUUGUAUCUUCCAAUAACAUUUUAGUUUGUUAAUAUAUAUAUAUAUAUAUAUAUAUAUAUAUUUUUUUUUUAAUAAACCGAAAAUAAGUAAGUAUGAAGCCAAUGUGAAUGUAAAAAAAAAAACUGUUUUGUUGAAGCAGAUAUUUGGUUGAAUGUAUAUAGGACGCGAUUGCGUGCCCAUAGCUAUUGAGAAUUUAACCAAUAAACUUGUACUAAUUCUCACAUGAGCGAUGGCUGCUGAGAAUUUUUGUUUUCAUAAUAAGUUUAUUCACAGGGAACUGCUUUAAGGAGUCUAUACCCUGUUUAGUUUUAAUCAUUUUAUACUUAUAAAAUAAAUUUAUUCUUCUAAUAUAUUUCACAAAUUAGGGAAAGAUAUCAACUUGAAAUCUGAAUUCCAAUAUCUGUAGAACACCAAAGUUCACAAUCGAUUUAUAAUAAUCUUCCUACAAGGGAUUUUUACUGGAGGCAGAUAAUAAUAAACUGUUGAUUAAAUUAAUGAUAAGAAAACAUUAAUACCACCUUGACGUUUAUGGGAACGAUACAUGUAUAUUUAGCCCAUUAACUAUAGCCGUAAAAAAGCAGUUUGACUCUCUUCUAGUGGAACAUGAAUCGUCCUCAAAGAACAUAAACGGUCACAAAGUUCGAAGGGACCUAUUACAAUUUAUAGAGCCAAACAUUUAAUGAGACUAUCGAUCCUCUACAUUUGAUUCCUUAUAUAUAAGGACAUGGUGUUUAAUUGAAAAACAUCCAUAUGAUAAAAAUGGAGGUUCAAGAGUCUAAAAUUUUAAGUCAAUGUAGCCGUAUGCAAAAAAUACUUCUGGUUGGAGAAGGAGAGUUUUCAUUUUCAUUGUCUCUAGCUAAAGCCUUUGCUUCUGUCGCCAAGAUCACUGCUGUAUCUCUUGAUGUUCGAGUUGGACUAGGGCGUCAGUACAGCAAUGGAGAUGCGAACGUGAAAGAACUGGAGAGUCUUGGGUGCACCGUGGUUCGUGGUAUCAACGUACACACUAUGACCUCAGACUAUCGCCUAUCUCGAUAUGACAGAAUUGUCUUUAAUUUUCCUCAUGCAGGGAAACACAAAGAUGUGGUGACAGGAUUCAUGCAGAGUGCCCCCGAGAUGAUGAACGAAGGCGGAGAGAUGCAUUUCACUAAUAUGACAAUGUACCCGUUUAACAAGUUGGAUAUAAAAUCUCUUGCUGGAGAAAACGGUUUGCGUCUUAUCAAGCAGAUGCAAUUCAAGAAAUGGAUAUUUCCAUGUUAUUCAAAUAAGUGUGAAUGUAGCUGCGACUCUCACUCUCACUUCCCCUUCGAAGUAGUUGUUAUUUCUAUGCUUAAGAAAUAAACUCUUCGUUUUCUUUAAUAUUAAAAAUAAUAACAAUAAAUUAUUUGAAAUGCACUUGCACAUUCCGUAUUUUUACCUGGCUCUAAAUAAUUAUGGCCAUAAUUAAUUCUUUUUGCACCAAAAUGCAACUAUACGUACGCACAACAUGAAAGGUCAUCAUAUUAAUUCGAUGUCCAAAUAGUUCUUCCAUACUGUAGUGUGCAAAUUGAAAUAAAAAGAUGGUAGAUUCUUGAUUUUGUGUACAAACUCUUGUUAUAUGUGUUUACUAUUUACACAAUUAUGUACAAUAGAGAUCAUCAUUUAUUUGAUAGGAAAUGUAGUUUACAAAACAGAUGAUGUUGUUAUUUUAACGAAGCAAAUCCCAUUAAUAAGAAUUGAGGAGAUCUUUGUUUUCCAUUAGUUGGCUCGUGCGAGGAGCAAGUCUUUGGAUCAUUUCAAACGAUUGAACUGAGUCUUUGGAUCAUUUCAAACGAUUCGAAACGCGAUCGGAAAAUAUUGCAAAAUCGAACCUUUUUGCGCGACUGAAAUUAGACAAAACAGAUUGGA